AUUUAAUCAUGUAUAUCAAGAACAUUUGAACGCGUUAGUGCCGAGUAAUUGAUCCAAUGUCAACAGACUGGAUUAAUUUUUAGGUUUUACAAAAUUAUAUAGUUGCUAUAAUUGUUUUAAUGUUUAAUAAAAUGUCAAUUGUCAUUUGCAGGUCAAUUCAGUUCUCUAUAAAACAAAGCUAAACAAGAAGAAAAGGAGUACUAAACAGCUUAAGGAUCAUUUCACCUACACGUGAGAUUGUCAAGAAACAAGCUGGUUUUAUUCUCAAGCAGCUCAAAAAUCUGUUCUGAACACAAGUCGAAGAUAAGAACAGUCUGAUAAGAAUAGACAAUCCAGAGCAAGAACCAGGUAAGAUGAUUACUAUAAAUAGUAAACUUGGUACAAAAGAGGAAAUAUCUUCUCUCGCUACCAAACUUCGCUCAGUUCCUGAUGAUAAGAACGACACAGUAUGCCCAGAUGUGGUAAAGAAGCUGAAACAAACUGAGUUUUACAGUGUGGUUGUUGAUUUGUAUAAGAGUAAUGAGGAGUUGCAAUUUAGGAGGGAUGCAACUUUCUUAUUGAGAAGGGUCGGAUACUACGGUGAUAAGGAAGAUUUAAAGGAGCUAGUUCAUAGAGGUAUAGUGAGGCUCAUCCUUACAGACUGUGUUUACUCAACAGAUGCAGAUCUCAUAACAAACGUAGUGACAGUCUUAAGAGAUGUAUGUUCCAAACAUAACAGGGUUCUUUUGUCAGACAUUGCCGAGGAGGGUCUUUAUGAUAAAGUGAUAUACCUGCUGGAGACCUGGAAAAGUAACGAUGUUAUAGCUGGAGAAUACUUUCCAUGAUCAACACGAUAUGUUCUUAUGAGAUGUCACUAGGUGAAGAUAUUGUUUCAUUAAACCAGCCUAGAUUGGUUGAUAUACUGAGAAAUAAACAUCAACUUCUUAGAGAAAUAAUAAGUUCGGACACAAGCUGUAAAGUAACUGCUGCGAUACUGUUAUUCAAAUACCUGGGCAGUAUUGAGGAAAGUGAGCUAUUACAACUGUUAAUACCACCGACAAAUGAAAUGUUCACUGAGGGCGGGAUUGUAAAGCUAGCUAGUAACAUAGAAGCGAUACCUGGUGAAGAAGAAGAAUUUGAAAAACAAGUAAUCAGAGAGGUUGUUUCAGCUGACUUUAUCAGCAAGUUUAGUGAACAGUACGACAGUAAUACUGAGGAGGUGUAUCGUAGAAACCUGACAUAUGUGAUGAAAAGAGUAGCUUAUCUAGGAGAUACAGCUGUAAGAAGCUCACUGGUUAAAAGUGGUGUAAUGAAACAUUUAAUAACAACAUGUGAACUUUGCACUGACAGUGAGGUUAUGUGCAAUAUAUCAGCUACUCUAAGUAGUGUUGUAUACGAUAACGGUGAUAUCUCACAUGUAGACCACCUUGUUGAGGAGGGAGUUCUAACCCUUAUAUCUAAACUACUACAGAAGUGGAGUAAAGAUGACACUGUGAUGGUUAGGUUACUUGAACUUUACAGAACAUUACCUGUAAUAGGGAGGAUAUCAGUGAGUUAAUAGCUAACAGUACAGAGUACGGAGAUAUACCUCUACUCCUACAAGGGUUAUUAGAAACAGCUUCCAGUGACAGUGUUAUUGUGCAGACUAUUGAAGGUGAUCAGGAAUUUAGUAGUGGGGACUGAUGUACUUCACACAGUGUUUCUACACGCAAGCUUCUUUACCACAGCUUUCCGACACCUGCAAUCAACUACACUAAACAGUGAUAGUAAGCAGUACCUGCUGUGUGGUAUCAUAUGUACAUUAGCAAACAAGAAUACUGAUAAAAUGAAAGAUCUUCUGAUUCCUUACUCUCAACCACUGAAAGAAUUAGCCAAGACGGGGAGUGAUAGUGUGUUAAGUGUAAAUGCUGCGAUACUGUUAAAUAAAUACCUGGACAGUAUUGAGGAAAGUGAGCUAUUACAACUGUUAAUACCACCGACAAAUGAAAUGUUCACUGAGGGAGGUAUUGUAAAGCUAGCUAGUAACAUAAAAGCGAUACCUGAUGAAGAAGAAGAAUUUGGAAAACAAGUAAUCAGAGAGGUUGUUUCAGCUGACUUUAUCAGCAAGUUUAUUGAACAGUACGACAGUAAUACCGAGGAGGUGUAUCGUAGAAACCUGACAUAUGUGCUGAGAAGAGUAGCUUGUCUAGGAGAUAAAGCUGUAAUAAGCUCACUGGUUAAAAGUGGUGUAAUAAAACAUUUAAUAACAACAUGUGAACAUUGCACUGACAGUGAGGUUAUGUGCAAUAUAUCAGUUACUCUACAGAACAUUGCAUACGAUAACGGUGAUCUCUCACAUGUUGACCACCUUGUUGAGGAGGGAGUUCUAACCCUUAUAUCUAAACUACUACAGAAGUGGAGUGAAGAUGACACUGUGAUGGUUAGGUUACUUGUAACUUUACAGUACAUUACCUGUAAUAGGAAAGAUAUCAAGGAGUUAAUAGCUAACAGUACAGAGUACGGAAAUAUACCUCUACUCCUACAAGAGUUAUUAGAAACAGCUUCCAGUGACAGUGUUAUUGUGGAGACUAUUGAUGUGAUCAGGAAUUUAGUAGUGGGGACUGAUGUACUUCACACAGUGUUUCUACACGCAAGCUUCUUUACCACAGCUUUCCGACACCUGCAAUCAACUACACUAAACAGUGAUAGUAAGCAGUACCUACUGUGUGGUAUAAUAUGUACAUUAGCAAACAAGAAUACUGAUAAAAUGAAAGAUCUUCUGAUUCCUUACUCUCAACCACUGAAAGAAUUUGCCAAGACGGGGAGUGAUAGUGUGUUAAGUGUAAAUGCUGCGAUACUGUUAAAUAAAUACCUGGGCAGUAUUGAGGAAAGUGAGCUAUUACAACUGUUAAUACCGCCGACAAAUGAAAUGUUCACUGAGGGCGGUAUUGUAAAGUUAGCUAGUAACAUAAAAGCGAUACCUGAUGAAGAAGAAGAAUUUGAAAAACAAGUAAUCAGAGAGGUUGUUUCAGCUGACUUUAUCAGCAAGUUUAGUGAACAGUACGACAGUAAUACUGAGGAGGUGUAUCGUAGAAACCUGACAUAUGUGAUAAGUAGAGUAGCUUAUCUAGGAGAUAAAGCUGUAAUAAGCUCACUGGUUAAAAGUGGUGUAAUGAAACAUUUAAUAACAACAUGUGAACUUUGCACUGACAGUGAGGUUAUGUGCAAUAUAUCAGCUACUCUAAGUAGUUUGCAUACGAUAAAGGUGAUUUCUCACAUGUUGACCACCUUGUUGAGGAGGGAGUUCUAACCCUUAUAUCUAAACUACUACAGAAGUGGAGUAAGAUGACACUGUGAUGGUUAAGUUACUUGGAACUUUACAGAACAUUACCUGUAAUAGGGAGGAUAUCAGUGAGUUAAUAGCUAACAGUACAGAGUACGGAGAUAUACCCGAACUAGUGACAAAUAUUUUUCAAACAAGCAGUAAUGUUGAGGUACUGGAGAGCACUAUUGAUUGUAUUUACAACAUGUUACAAGGGAGCAUGGCUUUACAUGAGCACUUCUCCAACAAACAACUCAUAGACACGUGUAUCUCCCGGAUCAGAUCUGAUGUGUUAUCUUCUGAGUACAAAAUCAAGAUAUUACGGAUUAUUGUCACCAGGCUCACAUGCAACCACCCUGCUAAAGUUGCUGCAUUGUUAGUUCCACACACACAUUCUUUGAAGGAAAUCGCCGAGUUAGACACUGACAGUAAGUUAUCUAGACUUGCUGCACAGUUGAUAAAUACGUACUUAAGUUGUGGAGAAAAGCGACAUAAAUGUGUUUUGGUCAACACACUGUUUAUAUUAAAUAUCUUGAAAUUUUUUGCUCUAUAUAUUGUAGACAUUGUUUUAGACAUUAAAGUAGGGAUAAACUCUGUUAAUGAUGCUACUUUGAGCACACGGUAUGAGGGUUAUUGUUUACUUUUAUUUAGUAUUUUACCUUUGAUUUAUCUAAAUUAUCAAUCUGUUUUACGGUAUUACAUUCAAUGCUGGAGCAGGGUAACUGUCGAUCCUGUGAUAUCUCUACAGGGAUCAAACAGAGGACGAAUAAUGAAGUUAUUUUUCCCUUGGAGGUUUGACAGUGUAAAACACACUAUCUUGAACAUUUUAACAGUAUUACAGCUGCAUCCCCUUAUAACAGCUUUUGAGCUGGUGUUUCAUCGGAGUAAAACGCUGGAUACAAUCAUAAGUAAUAAAUUUCAUUUUGGAAGACUCUCCACUCAAGAGAAGAUCCUAGAGAAUGUGCCCUGCACUCUUAUCAAGGGUAUAAUUUUGUAUAAAUUUAUCGACAACAACAAAAGUAAUGUUGAUUUUAGUUUGGGAUCAGAUGAAUAUGUUACCCUAUUUUCAACUGUAUAUGGUAUACUAACACUCUGCUAUAAAGUAGCAAGUUUUGAAGAGUUGUGCAGGAGUGCAGACAAUUCUCCUGGAGCCCUCACGACAUGUCAGAAACUAGUGUCGUUCAUAGGAGUAUUGCUCUCACUUAAUUCACGACUCAUCAUGUGCCUUGUUCUAUUCAGCGUGAUGCGUGAUAAUGGAACUAUGUGGAUUUUUACCAUCAGUGUAUUUCUUCACAUAUUGUUAUCUUCUGUUACUCACUUACUAUCUCAUCACGAGUGGCAGUCUCCUUAUGACUUUUCGAUGGUAAAAAGAAAAUUUGUGAUAAAGGAUUUUAUUCUGAGAGAAGGCGGAAACAAAAACAGUAAACUUGUAGUGAUUGGACGCUGCGCACUAGUGUUCUGUCUAUCAUGGAGUGAAUCCUUUAUAGUGAGCCUCCGACAUCCUAUAGAUCUGGUGUCAGGACAUUUUCCAAGCACUUAUCAUUUGAGAUCAAGACGACAGUUUUUCUUGAUUUAUGUGUUUCACCUGUUAGAAGUGAUAACCGUCACGGUUUUAGCAAACACUCUCAACUCUAAACGAUGGAUAAUGGAUUUGGGGUAUGUAUCGCUGGCACUAUUUCUCAUAUCUGGUGCAAUGUAUAUGCUGUACUUAACAGUUCUUAAUCCAGACAAGACAUCUAAAUUAUUGUCGGUUUCAAUCAACCCCAGGUUGAAGCAGUUUGGAUAUAAAUCCCAGGUGACCACAAGCACUCGAUUUUGUCAUGUAACUGAAAAAGCAACAAAGAUAAACAGCACAAAAGUCUACUCGUCCAAUCAGUAUAAUUACAGACUCCAAGUUCUAGAUCCCUGUUAUGACUGCAUGUUGGGUAGGGAACACACAGAUAAAGAUAAACCUGUUAGUCAGAGCAAAUGCUGCUCACGAUCAAGUUUUCUGAAGAAACUUAGAAACUGCUUUACUCGACCAUUUAAUAGCACUUACAGGAGACUCUCGCCCUCAAUUAGUGAUGCUGAGAAUCUUGCUGAGAAUCUUCAGUUGCGUCGUAAGGACGUGGAUUUGCUCAUUACUAAAGUGAGAAAGUACGACAAUAUUCAUCUUCAUCUGUUAGAUUUAUUUCCUGGUAUUGAGAACAUUGACCCCAAUCUUAUCUCGAGGUGUAGAGCGAUUGGUUCAAAUGUGUUCCGCAGUAUUGAAGAUAUCAGGGACGAUGAGUUGAGUCCUAAUCUCGUACCAGCGUGCAACAAACUGAAAGUUAGAAUAGAAAACAAGUACACUGAUGCGACUGAAGGUGACAUUCUCAAUGAUGAGCUGGUUGAACAGAUCAGUAACCUCUGCGAAGAAUACUUUUCCUUAAAAGAGCAGCAAUGGGAAAAUAAGGUUCUUGCCUGGUGUGAAACAGCUCCCACUGAGAUUCUUACUAAAUACCGCUUCAAAAAAUGGGGUUCAGCUCAAUGUAUAAAGGAUAUUGAGAAGUGGAUAACAGAAAAAGAAAGACUCGCAGUAUACUUGAACCCUUGUAAUAAUAACGCAUCAUACCUUCCUGACACUACUAUAGUGCUGUACGAUGAGAAACACUCUAAUUUCCACAUCAACGGGGUUAAAACACCCUCAAAACACGGCUGGGUAACCAGAAAAGUUGCAGAACUGAGGAACUGUUACCAUAGAAACAGGAGGAAUUCUUCAUCAGGACAAACAAAGUAUCAGCCUGUCGGACAAGAUAUUGUUGCCAUAGAAACAGGACAAGAUAUUGUUGCCAUAGAAACAGGACAAGAUAUUGUUAAUUCAGCAGUUUAGUUUGUCAGUUUAUACGAUGUUUGAAGUUUGUUGUUAAUGUGGUAUUACUAUUCUGGUACAAUGUGGUCCGCCUUCUCCAUUCUAACUAGAUAUUUACAAAUAAGUAUUUAGAAACUUACAUAAUGCCAUAUUUUCUGUCUUAUAUUCAAUAACCACACUUUGAAGUGAUAUUGUGUAAUCCAUUAGAAAUGAUAUUACUUUAUCUCAGUAGUUAAUGAUACCGAUAUAAUUUUAUUAGAAAUGAUGUUACUUUAUUGAUAAUGAUAUUACUUUAUAAGCACUUAUAUUACUUUAUUAGCACUUAUAUUACUUUAUUAGUAAUAAAGUAACAUCAUUACUACAUUAUUGGUGUGCAGCAGUUUUAAUUUAUAAUAUGAACAGUGAAUAUCUCAGAUGUACCCAGUACCCAAAAAUAAUCCCGCGUGCAAAUGAACAUUAUUAUGUUAAUAACAUUAUUAUGUUACAUAACAAUGUAACAUUGAUUACAUUAUUAUGUUAAUAACAUUAUUAUGUUAAUUACAUUAUUAUGUUAAUUACCCCUCUUGAUAAUGUAUCUGGCUAGAUGUUAAGACACGUGACUGAGAUUGGUAAUGCUGGAAGCUGAUUGGUUAAUCAAUGACUCAAUCUGUUUACCGCGUCUAUAUCUCUCCCAAGAGUGUUACCAUGGUAACGCUACCAUAUAAGGUAAUAUUAUGGUGGUAUCCAGAUCUCAGAGUUGAGUCUGCUUUUAUUUGGAUCUAUCGGCAACUUAUUUCCCUUUUUGUCGAUAUGAUAUAUCUAUAAUACUAUGAACAUACCAAUUAUUUUGGUUAAUUUGACCUGGGUACAACGCUUGCACCUUCUGAAAUUCAUCCAUCUAUCCAUCGAUAGAAAUCAAACUUAUCUCUAUAAAUUUACCUUACGUUUGUUAUGUCGCUUUUCUCCACGAUUCUAAUGUAUUUACCAAUUGUAUGUUCGUGAUAUGAGUGAACAGUGAAUGUUACUGCUUUAUUGUUGGUGUAUACUGUGUAUAUUCAGUUGAAUACUACUACUUUUCUAACUGUAUCUGAGCAUAUGUUACAGACUCGUUAUUUAUACGUUUUACUUGUGUUUGA